AUGGCCUCGGCCGAGCUCAACGCGAGCGCGGUGGAAGGCGAAGCGGUGUUGCCCUCGACGGGCUACUACGCCAUGUCCGCGCACGUCACGUCGUUUGUGAUUGUCUUCUCGACCGCGCUGGGGUUUGCCUUUGCGAUGUACUGGUGGUACGUCCUGUCCGACAUCAAGGUCGCCCCGGGGAAGGACCAGGGCCUGCGCAAUACCUACCUCACCGAUGAGGUGAUGCGGAAUGUCUAUGUGAUCUACAGCCGGAUCUCGAACGGCGCCACCGCCUUCCUGUUCGCCGAGUACCGCUACAUGGGGAUCUUCCUGGUGGGGUUUAGCAGCGUGAUUUACGUCCUGCUCGGCCUCGCGCUGUCCUCGCCGCAGCCCGGGGAGGCGGCGUCCGCGACGCCGUGGGUCAGCGCCGGGCUGUCGAUCUUCGCGCUCUUCAUGGGCGCCCUGACGUCGGUGCUGGCCGGGUGGAUUGGGAUGCGCAUCGCGGUCUACACCAACGCCCGCACGGCCAUCAUGGCCACCGCCGGCAGCGAGGACGGCGACCAGUCCCUCGGCUGCGCCCUCGGCUUCCAGACCGCCUUCCGCGGCGGCAUCACGAUGGGCUUCGGCCUCACCUCGAUCGGGCUCUUCUCGCUCUACCUUACUGUUCGGAUGAUCGGGGCGUACUUCGCCGACGCCGCGGCGACGCUGCCGGAGCAGUACGCCUGCAUCGCGGCCUUCGGGCUCGGGGGCUCGGCCAUCGCCUGCUUCGGCCGCGUCGGCGGCGGCAUCUUCACCAAGGCGGCCGACGUCGGGGCGGAUUUGGUCGGGAAGCUCGAGAAGAACAUCCCCGAGGACGACCCCCGCAACCCCGGCGUCAUCGCGGACUGCAUCGGCGACAACGUCGGGGACAUCGCGGGGAUGGGCUCGGACCUCUUCGGCAGCUUCGGCGAGGCCUCGUGCGCGGCGCUGGUCAUCGCGGCCGCCUCGCCCGAGCUCUCCGCCGCCUUCACGGCGAUGAUGUACCCGCUGCUGAUCACCGCGGCGGGGAUUCUGGUCUGCAUGGCCGUCGCCGGCCUCCGCGCGAGCGGCGCCGGGGUCCGCCGCAUCGACGACAUCGAGCCCGCCCUCAAGGCCCAGCUCCUGCAGGCCACCAUCGCCGCGAGCGUCGUGAUGGUCUACAUCACGGCCAUCGCCCUGCCCGCGCGGUUCAGCGUGGGCGGCCUUGAGACCGGGCGCUGGGGGGCGCUGGUCUGCGUGCUCGGCGGGCUCUGGACGGGCCUGCUGAUCGGCUACAUCACGGAGUACUUCACCUCGAACGCCUACCGCCCCGUGCAGGAGGUCGCCGAGUCCUGCGAGACCGGGGCGGCGACCAACAUCAUCUACGGCCUGGCCCUGGGCUACCUGUCCGUCGUCCCGUCCAUCCUCGCGAUGUGCGGGACGAUGUACGUCGCCUACCACUUCUGCGCGCUCUACGGCUUCGCCCUGGCGGCGCUGGGGAUCCUCUCGACGAUGUCGAUCGUCCUCACGAUCGACGCCUACGGGCCGAUCUCGGACAACGCCGGGGGGAUCGCGGAGAUGUCCCACAUGGGCCACGAGAUCCGCGAGGUCACCGACGCCCUCGACGCGGCGGGCAACACGACGGCGGCGAUCGGCAAGGGCUUCGCGAUCAGCUCGGCGGCCUUUGUCGGGCUCGCGCUCUACGGGGCCUACCUCUCGCGGGUCGCCAUCCCGGUCGUCAACAUCCUCGACGCGCGGGUCCUGCCGGGGCUGCUCUUUGGCGCGAUGCUGCCCUAUUGGUUCUCCGCGAUGACGGUCCGCUCGGUCGGGGUCGCGGCGAUGGCCAUGGUGAACGACAUCCGCCGCCAAUUCCAGGACCCCGACGUCGCCGAGGGCCGCAGCGAGCCCGACUACGAGAGCUGCGUCGCCAUCGCAACGACGUCGGCCCUCCAGCAGAUGAUCGCCCCGGCCACCCUGGUGAUGUUGAGCCCCCUUGUGGUGGGCAUCCUCUUCGGCAAGUUCACCGUGGCGGGCAUGCUGCCCGGGUCCAUCGUCUCGGGCGUCCAGCUGGCCCUCUCCGCCUCCAACUCGGGCGGGGCCUGGGAUAACGCAAAGAAGUACAUCGAGCAGGGCGGGCUGCGGGACAAGAAUAAGGGAAAGGGCUCCGCCCAGCACGCCGCCGCGGUGAUCGGGGAUACCGUCGGGGACCCGUUGAAGGACACUUCGGGGCCUUCGCUGAACAUCCUGAUCAAGCUCAUGGCUAUGAUCUCCGUCGUGACCGCGCCGGUGGUGCAGUCGAAGAUGGGUGGGCUCGUCUUUAGGAUUUUCGAGUGA